UCAGAAGUAAUUAUUACAUUCAGUGAGAUGUAAACUCUUAUAGUUAACAGACGUGUAUAAGAGGUGGAUAAUCUAUACCAGGAAGUGAUACACAGGGGUCAUUUAGACUAACCCACACUUGUUUUCUUCACCCUGUAAAAGUGAAAGUAAAAACCAACCAGACGAGUUAAGAUUUUCACAGAAGAAAAUGGCUUCAAAGCUUGAAGAGGAGAUUUGUUGUCCUGUGUGCUGUGACAUCUACAAGGAUCCCGUCAUUUUGACCUGCUCUCACAGUGUGUGUAAAGUCUGUCUGCAGCAGUUCUGGGAGAGCAAAGGACACAGAGAAUGUCCCUACUGCAGGAGGAAGUGCUCAAAAGAGAUCUUCCAACCGAACCUGGCGUUAAGGAACCUGUGUGAGGUUUUCUUACAGGAGAGAAGCAAGAGAGCUUCAGCAGGGUCUGAGGUGCUCUGCAGUCUGCACAGUGAGAAACUCAAGCUCUUCUGUCUGGAGGAUAAACAACCUGUGUGUGUGGUGUGUCAAGCUUCAAAGAAACACACCAACCACAAGUUCCAACCUGUAGAUGAAGCAGUGUUAGACUUGAAGGAACUGCUGAUGAUUAAACUAGAGUCCUUACAGAAGAAGCUGAAGGUCUUUGAAGAAGCAAAACUCUCCUGUGAUGAAACAGCUAAACAUGUGAAGACUCAGGCCCAGCACACAGAGAAGCAGAUCAUGGAGGAGUUUGAGAAGCUUCACCAGUUUCUACGAGAUGAAGAGGCAGCCAGGAUAGCUGUACUGAGGGAGGAAGAGGAGCAGAAGAGUCAGAUGAUGAAGAGGAAGAUUGAGAAGAUGAGCAAAGGGUUCUCAUCUCUUUCAGACACAAUCAGAGCCAUAGAGGAGAAGAUGAGAGCUGAUGAUGUCACAUUCUUGCAGAACUACAAGAGCACAGUG